GCCGGGGAAGGAGACGCUGCCCUUCCGCAGCGAUGGGAUCUUGGCUCUUUGCAAGGACCCUCUGGUAUGUGUGUUCCUGUCUUUUCGAAGCGUGGACGGUGCCUGGGACCCAGCCAGCAGCCAGUUGAAGACAUUUUCCUUGGAUGCUCUGAGACCCGAGGGUGCUGGUCCUGCCAUGGCGUUCCGGAGGACUGAGGGUGUGUCCAUGAUCCAGGCGCUGGCCAUGACAGUGGCUGAGAUCCCUGUGUUCUUAUACACAACCUUUGGGCAGUCUGCCUUCUCCCAGCUGCGGUUGACACCAGGCCUGCGGAAGGUCCUCUUUGCCACAGCCCUGGGCACAGUGGCCCUGGCCCUGGCCGCCCACCAGCUAAAGAGGCGACGGCGGAGGAAGAAGCAGGUCGGCCCCGAGAUGGGAGGUGCACAUCUGGGCACGGUGCCCCUGCCCAUCCUCAUGGCCAGGAAGGUCCCAUCGGUGAAGAAAGGCUACUCCAGCCGGAGGAUCCAGAGUCCCAGCAGCAAGAGCAACGACACGCUGAGUGGCAUCUCCUCUCUCGAGCCCAGCAAGCACUCGGGCUCAUCCCACAGCCUGGCUUCGACAGUAGCAGUGAACUCGUCCAGCCCCACGGCUGCCUGCUCAGGACCAUGGGACGCCAGAGGUAUGGAAGAGUCCGUGACCACCAGUGACGGCAACGCAGAGAGUCUGUACAUGCAAGGCAUGGAGCUGUUCGAGGAAGCUCUACAGAAGUGGGAGCAGGCGCUGAGCGUGGGGCAGAGAGGGGACAGUGGCAGCACCCCCACACCAGGGGAGAGCCUGCGGAACCCCGAGACUGCUUCGGAGGUGCUCUCUGAGCCGGAGCCCCAGCGAAGGGACUUUGCAGAGAAGCUGGAGUCCCUGCUGCACCGGGCUUACCACCUGCAGGAGGAGUUUGGGUCCACCUUCCCGGCCGACAGCAUGCUGCUGGACCUUGAGAGGACCCUCAUGCUGCCCCUGACCGAGGGCUCCUUGCAUCUACGGGCGGACGAUGAGGACAGCCUGAACUCUGAGGAUUCCUUCUUCUCCGCUACUGAGCUCUUUGAGUCCCUGCAGGUGGGAGAUGACCUGAUCCCACUCUCCAGGCCGGCUGCCGCUUACGAAGAGGCCCUACAGCUGGUGAAGGAGGGCAGGGUGCCGUGCCGGACCCUCAGGACUGAGCUGCUAGGCUGCUACAGUGACCAGGACUUUCUGGCCAAGCUGCAUUGUGUGCGGCAAGCCUUCGAGGGUCUUCUAGAAGACAAGAGCAACCAACUUUUCUUCGGGGAGGUUGGCCGGCAGAUGGUGACGGGCCUGAUGACCAAAGCCGAGAAGAGCCCCAAAGGCUUCCUGGAGAGUUACGAGGAGAUGAUGGCCUAUGCCCUACGGCCCGAGACCUGGGCUACCACGCGGCUGGAGCUGGAGGGCCGGGGGGUGGUGUGCAUGAGCUUCUUUGAUAUUGUGCUAGACUUCAUCCUCAUGGACGCCUUCGAGGACCUGGAGAACCCCCCAUCCUCGGUGCUCGCUGUCUUGAGGAACCGGUGGCUGUCAGACAGCUUCAAGGAGACGGCUCUGGCCACCGCUUGCUGGUCAGUCUUAAAAGCCAAGAGGAGACUGCUGAUGGUGCCCGACGGCUUCAUCUCUCAUUUCUACUCCGUAUCGGAGCACGUUAGCCCCGUCCUAGCCUUCGGCUUCCUUGGACCCAAGCCCCAGCUUGCAGAAGUCUGUGCUUUCUUCAAGCACCAGAUCGUGCAGUACCUGCGGGACAUGUUCGACCUGGACAACGUGCGCUACACGUCUGUGCCGGCGCUGGCAGAUGACGUCCUGCAGCUGUCCCGGCGCCGCAGCGAAAUCCUGCUGGGCUACUUGGGGGUGCCCGUGGCCAGCAGCGUGGGCCUCAACGGGGCAGUGCCGCGGGAGAACGGGCCCCUGGGGGAGCUGCAGUAGUGGCGGGGGCAGGCCUGCAGUGGGGGGGGGGGGCGCCUGGGCCUUGUCCGUGAGGGCGAGCGCAGAGAGAAGGCUGUUUCCUCCCCUCCUCUGGGUUGGCAUGGAAGGGCCUGGAGAUCCAUGGCCAUCAGCAGCAGCAGAGCCUGGGCCUUGGUGGCCAAGGGUGAUUGCCCCGACCUGGUCCCUCGUCCUCAUUUGGGAAUCCCCACCAACUGCCUUGCAGAGGGUUGGAGCCCCUGGGAGCCCACCUGACUGCACUCAGCUAUCCCUGGGGGAAGCGGCGGCUGGACCAGUGAUCUGUGGCGCCCGAGGGAGAGGAAGGUGGUGGGAGAGAGGGAGUGGCAUUGCGAGGACAGGUGGGACAUGCAGAGCUGGGAUGGCCUUGGUGUGGGACCCCAAAACCUCCCCUGACCCCAGGGCUGCUGAUGGAAGGAGGCUGUGGAAGAUGGGGCGGCAGGGCUCUGUGGCAAAGGCCACAAUGUCCUAGACAGAAGGAACCUGGGCUAGACGGCUGCGCAGUCCCGCCGGCUGCCGCCCUACAGUGUUGACAGCUUCAGAAAGGGAGGGUGGGGCCACAGAGUGCCAGGGGAACCCCUUGGGGGAUGGCAUGCCUAGACCAUCCGAGGGUGGGACAGGGCAGCUCAACUUUCCUUGUGCUCAAGUCUGGGCAGGGACUGGGCCCUUGGCAAACCUAAGCAUGAAACCAGAAUGCUGUCCUCUGAUAUGCCCUUGUCCUGCCAAAGAGUUAUUUCUCUUUCCCCUUUGCCACCACCACAGAGGGACAGGGGAGGGGCGGGUGGUGCUAGGGCGGGCUGGAGGCUCCGACCAGGGCUUAUCUCAGGCCUGUCGCCUGUGCUGCCAUUGGUGGCAGGGGCCCAGGGACCAUGUCAGGGAGGUCAGAGGACACACAGGGCUGGACCGAAUCCCCGGCCCUCAUUAAGCCAGGCGCUUUGCCUUUGGCUCGACACAUAAAUGCUCUAGCUGGGCAGUGGCUGGUCCUACAGCCAUCCCCACGUUGUCCCCACAUUGUCCCCACAUCUGCGGGGUGCUGUCAGCCCUGCAGACUUAUCUCACAGUGUUUUCACCGGAGGUGGGAUGUUUUAUUUAUUGCCUUAACACUUUAUUUUGAGGUCUGCCCCUUUUAGGCCGAGAAGCCUCCCAGAGACACAGAGGCCUCCUUGGUCUCUGUACUCCGGAGGCUGGUUCCCCAAACCAGGGCCCCUAGCCCCUGAAUGGCAGAGGGGUCCUGGCAGGGAGACAGAGGAGAAAUAGAGGGGUGGUGUGGGCCCAGCCCAUCAGCUCUGAGCCCACUGCUCUGCACACUCCCUCCUGCUCCCCAGGCUGGGGGAUCCUGUGUCGAGCCAGGGCUCCCACUCUCCAAGGUUGGUGCCCAGGAAGGAGCAGCCUCCUGGGUGGGGAGGCCUGGGGUGGCCCUCCUCCUCUCCAGUCCCGCAUUCCAUUCAUUUGCACUUAACCCAGCGCUAUGAGUGUCAUCUUGGGCCGGGGCCUGGCCUCUCCGAUUUGCUCCCGAAUCACUCAGAGCGGCACCUUCGGCAUCUUCGUUUUGUCUUUGUUUACGCGUCCAUGCACUGCCUCGGGCCCUGGAUUUGUUGCAGCUUCCAACUUUCUUAUGGUAGAGUGUGUGUGCAUCGACUUCCAAAUAAAUGAUUUAAACAGUGACCUUCC